UUCAAGCUUAACGCAACUCACAACCAACUAUCAGCAAUCAUGAAGUGCAUCGCAGCUGUAGUCAUGAUGGCCUGUGCCGUCGCUGCCAACGCCCAUUAUGUCCCAUCGGUUUACGCCCACCAGGUGGCCCCAGUGUUGACUUAUGCCGCCCAUCAUCAUGGACCAACCGUUGUCCAGUCCAACGAUUAUCACCAUGGAUGGGCCGGCCAUCAUCAGGCGCCAGUUGUGGCUUACAGCAACGGUCAUUGGGAUCAGUGGGCUCACCAUGAUGUCCACCAUCAUCAGGUUCCAGCUGCCGUCAAUGUUGUCCCAGUUGCCUACAACAACUACGCCUGGGCCCAUCAGCACAACACCUGGGAUCAUCACAACCAUCAUGCUCAUGGUCAUGCCGUGGCCGUUGCUCCAGUCCAUCACUCGGCCAGCUACGUUGCUGCCAACCGAGGAGCUGUCCACAAGGCCCCACUUCCGGGACACAUCGUCAACCAGAAGUCCCUGAACUUGGCUCCGGCUCCAGGAACUUUGUAAAUUCUGUGAUAAAUGUGGUAGACAAAAUUUACAUAUUGUGGCA